GUGUUCCUCCUUGCUACAUUUCCGUGUAAGUUUUAUAAUUUUACAAUUGCCUAGCUUUACUGUACUCUCCUUCUUCUUCAGGCUGUCACACACCCUGAAGCUUCUAAUAUGAGUGAAAUAAAGUUAGAGGAGGCGGCCGCAGCCGAAACUAAGGGCGAGGAAGAGCAGGACUGGGUUGCAGCCAAAGCCUUUUUCGACAACCUCAAAACUAAAGUACCAAGACCGCCCAAGCCCCGGUAUGCCGUGACCAUCGCCGUGUCCUCUCGCACCCUCUUCAACAUGGUCGCGGAGAGGAAGGUCUACGAGGACCAGGGUCUGGAGAAGUACGUGGCUUUUCAGGUGGAAAAUGAAGACGAUCCCCUGAAGCCGGGAGCUGCUUUCCCCUUCGUGAAGGCAGUGAUGAAUGUCAACUCUCGACUGAGGGAGCUCUACCCAGACAGCGAGGAGCUGUUUGACAUCGUCCUGAUGACCAACAACCAUGCCCAAGUCGGCAUGCGCCUCAUAAACAGUAUUAACCACUACGGUUUGACCAUAGAGAGGUUCUGCAUGACAGGAGGGAAAAGUCCUAUAGGUUACUUGAAGGCCUACAUGACAAAUCUUUACCUCUCUAAAGAUUCAAAUAAAGUCACAGAGGCCAUAGAGGAAGGCAUUGCUGCAGCCACAAUGUUCAUGCCAGAAAAAGAGAUGGACCUGUGCCAAACCCAGCUGAGAGUGGCGUUUGACGGCGACGCCGUCCUCUUCUCAGACGAGUCAGAGAUCAUUGUAAAGAAACAUGGACUCGACACUUUCUUUGAACAUGAGAAGCAGUUCGAGAAUAAACCUCUGGCUCAGGGCCCGCUGAAGUGUUUUCUGGAGGCCCUCGGGAAGCUCCAGAGAAAAUUCUACGCCAAGAACGAGCGUAUGAACUGCCCCAUCCGAACCUUCCUGGUCACGGCCCGCAGUGCCGCCAGCUCUGGCGCGCGCGUCCUGAAGACGCUCCGCAGCUGGGGCCUGGAAAUCGACGAGGCCCUCUUCCUCGCCGGGGCUCCCAAAGGGCCUUUGUUGGAGAAGAUCAAACCGCACAUCUUCUUCGAUGACCAGAUGUUCCACAUCGAGGGAGCCAAGGAACUGGGAACCAUAUCUGCACACGUCCCCUAUGGAAUCGGACAGAAGUACCACAAGGGGAAACUGAUCGUGCAGCCUGAGAAGAAAGAGUAACCUCCGAAUGAUUAAAACACACAAUAAGCAGUUUUGUCCCCUGCACUGGAAGAGUUUCUCUCCAGACCAGAUUAAUAUGAUGAGGGAAAGUGAGCCACUAAAAAAAAGUUACGCCAAUAAUUUUGAGGUGAAUUGGUUCUAAAGCCUUUAAGGUUUUCUAGUAUUCCCUUUAUGAAAAGAUAUACUGAAGGAGAUAUAAACAACAUAGUGUUUCACUUGAUACCGUAGCGAAAGAAACCUGUUGGCAUUUUUUCUGACCUUUUAAAAAGCUCACAGAGAGAUUAAAAAAAAAGGAUCUCUUUUUUUACUCCAGUUUAUUUCAUUUUCUUUGUAUUCACCUUAUAUCAUUUAUAAAGGCUCUGGCUUUUAUUUGGAUUUCAGUUUUAUGUAGGCAGCUUUUUUUUUGCAGAUCUAAUGAAAAUAAAACAGCAGCCAGAUCAAAGUGGCCACUUCAUCAUCAUGGAAAUGUUCUCGCACUUUUAAUGGGACACAUUUAUAUUUUGAAAGGGAGUUUUACUCUCAGGGUAUUUAAAGGAACACUGAUCUGUUUUUUUUUUUUUUAAUGUUACUGUUCUUGCUUUUGAUGUGCACAAACCUUUUUGCAUGUGUCGCGUGGGAAUUUUCACACUUUGCUUCUGCUUUUUAUAUCGGACUAAAUGCAAAUAUAUGUUUGCAGAUUGCAUGUUUCAUACUGCAGAACAAUCCAGUGAUUUGCACACUUGAAAACAAGGAGUUGCAUAGUUACAUUUACCUGUCAAAUGCUGGUCAUUUCUCUGUAUUUUGAACUGAUUGUAACUGGCAUUGUGGGAAGACAAUGACUCAAGUUUUGCACCAUUCAAAGCCACCAAAUGUGUUUCAGUCAUAUGUUAAGUCAUAUUUGAUAACAUAAUCCAGCCAUCCAUUUUCUACGCCUGCUGAACACUGUACAGGUGUACAGGUGUACAGGUGUACAGGGUCACGGGGUUGCAGAGCCCAUCUCAGCUUAUUUGCUAACAUUGUUGCUAAAAUUACUGCACAAUUUUUUUCUAUAUUUAUAGGAUUUAUGCUGUUUUAUAUACAUGUAGUGUGUGUCAUUUAUAUAAAAUAAUAUUGUGUUUUGGAAUAUAUUGUUGGAGUUUGAAAG